CUACCAUGUCCGACUCGUCCCCGGCUGUUUCUGACGUUGGAGGAGAACCUACUGAUGCUGGUCCUGCCUCCCUCGACGUCCUCGACUGCUGCCGCCCUCGCCUCCGCUCCAGCAGCAACUGGGGCGCCCUUCUCAGGCUUCCCCGUGGCCGCAGGGCCCCAUCAACAGUUUAUUCCCCCUGGCGCCAUGAAUUAAAAUGGGCCAGGAAUGACGCCGAGUAUGGGCAACGGCAGUUUCCAACCUGAUAACGGAUCGGUCGGACCCAUGUAUCAACCCCUGGUCGUAUGGCUCCCUAUGCAACAUUGGAUGCAAGGUCCCUGCAACCAGGCCGGCAACAGCGCCGGAUUGCAUCACCAGCAGCAGUUCGUCUCUCCGGAAUUGGGCCUGGCGCCGCAGGGCUUUCAAGGAAUGGGUGCGAUACCCCAGAGUACCGCCAACCACCAGGCAGACAACGGUGUCGGAACCCCUCAGCAGCAGCAGCAGUUCGCGAAGCUCCUUCUGCAGGCGUUGAGCAUCGCGUUUCCUCACCUCGUGCCACAAUUCUUCCCCGCGGGCAAUCCGCAAAGUAGCAUGCUCCAGCAGCAGCCAACUGGCACUGGAGUCCAGCCUUUCCAGGAUCCUCAGGCGAUGGCUGCACAACACCAACCCCAAGUCUAUUGCACAGCUCUCAAACGAUGCCUGGACAACCGCCAGCUCCAGGGACCAUCGACUCUGCCGUCGGUGUACAACCACGCCCUCCCGCCAGCUCUCGGCGCUCCUGGGGCUUACCCGCCAGUUCCUAUGGAUGCGCCUCUCCCUGGGACUGGCGUUCCGACUGCAUGCCCUGUCAGCCGGUCCCUAGGAACCGUAGCUGAUCUCGCGGCCAUGGCACGAGGCGGCACCCCAAACACUCAACAGACACGUACUGCAGCAAUGUGUGCCAAUCCCGCCACUAGCUCUGCGCCUCUCGUCGCCGUCGCCUCUGCUCAUGAUGCCGGCAACAACCGUACCUAUUCGACAGCGUUCGAAGCUCCUGGCAUACCCGAGGACGUUCUGGCUCGCAUCAAUGACCCGACCAAGCAUAAGAGAUUACGGAAGCAACUGCUCAAUAUCGGCGGUGUGGAUGCCAGGUCUGAGGAGGGCCAGGCGCGUAUCCAAGAGAUGUACGACGCGUGCCUCGCGGUGGAGUCGCGAGGGAAUGCUGGUGUGCGACGCAAGUGA